AUGGAUAAUUUCGAUUAUGCUGCAGAAUUAUCAGAUUUUAAUCACGAUUGGUUUGUUAUGUACAAUGGUUCACGAGCACAAAUUGAAAUAAAAAAUGAUUUGUGUGGUUCCAAGUCUCCAUAUGAAGAGUAUUAUGAUGCUGACUAUUUUAAAUGGCAAAAACGACAUCAAAUGUUUCAAGCCGCUCAUUCUGAUCCAACACGAUGGGGUCGUAUAAAACCGGAAUAUACUGUGUUAGAAAUCGGAUGUUCAGCGGGUGCUGUAUUAAAUACGUCGAAUGUUGUUGAACAAGUUAGCAUUCACUUACCAUUUGAAGCUCAUUAUCUCAUUUUUUUUCUCUAUUUUUCUCCCCAAGCUAAUACAAAAACAACGACACAAACUGGACGUAACAAUACAUCGGGUAAAGGUGGUUCAAAUCCUGCGUAA